GAAGGAAGAGAAGGCAGUGAGGAAGUGUGUGCGUGCUUCUGAACCCUGAGUGGCUCUCUGCUCCUGUAACCUUCGCCUCCCACUGGGUGGAGUAGGGCUUUUAAGAGCAGCUGGAAUGCAAUUCCCCUGAUCAGCUUAGCCAGUUGUUGCCUGUCUGAACCUCUGCCAGCCCUGGAGAGCUGUGCUUUGAGCUCAAAUCAGCGGGCCUCCUUCUGCACCCUCACUGCCGCCCGUGUCGCCUGAGCAAGAAGCCCGCAGCGGGAAAGCAAGUUACCCCCCUGCCUAGCCAUGGGAGAGGACGCAGCACAAGCCGAAAAGUUCCAGCACCCGGGUUCUGACAUGCGACAGGAGAAGCCAGCAAGCCCCAGCCCCAUGCCUUCCUCCACACCGAGCCCCAGCCUGAACUUAGGGAGUACAGAAGAAGCCAUCCGCGACAACUCGCAGGUGAACGCGGUCACGGUGCUCACGCUCCUGGACAAGCUGGUGAACAUGCUGGACACCGUGCAGGACAACCAGCACAAGAUGGAGCAGCGGCAGAUCAGCCUGGAGGGCUCGGUGAAGGGCAUCCAGAACGACCUGACCAAGCUCUCCAAGUACCAGGCCUCCACCAGCAACACAGUAAGCAAGCUGCUGGAGAAGUCCCGCAAGGUCAGCGCCCACACGCGCGCCGUCAAGGAGCGCAUGGACCGGCAGUGCGCGCAGGUGAAGCGCCUGGAGAACAACCACGCCCAGCUCCUGCGGCGCAACCACUUCAAAGUGCUCAUCUUCCAGGAAGAAAAUGAGAUCCCCGCCAGUGUGUUUGUGAAAGAGCCCGUCGCCAGCACGGCGGAAGGCCAGGAGGAGCCUGCCGAUGAAAACAAGUCCCUGGAGGAAACCUUGCACACGGUGGACCUCUCCUCCGAGGACGAAUUGCCCCACGACCAGGAGGCCCUGGAAGACAGCGCCGACGAGAAGAUGGAAGAAAGCAGGGCAGAGAAAAUAAAAAGAUCCAGCCUCAGGAAAGUAGACAGCCUCAAGAAAGCAUUUUCUCGCCAGAACAUCGAGAAAAAAAUGAACAAGCUGGGGACAAAGAUCGUGUCUGUGGAGAGGAGAGAGAAGAUUAAGAAAUCCCUCACCUCCAACCACCAGAAAACAUCCUCCGGGAAAAGCUCCCCCUUCAAGGUCUCGCCCCUGUCCUUCGGGCGAAAGAAAGUCCGAGAGGGAGAGAGCCCUGCGGAGAGCGAGACCAAGUCGGAAGAGGCGCCCAGCGCGGACCAGACGGCCAACGACCAGGAGGAGGGCUUUGCCGAGGCGCUCUCCGAGGCAUCCCUCCCCAGCCCGCUGCUCGAAGGGGAGAACGAAGAAGCGGAUGCUGAGAAGGCGGCCCUGGGAGAGAGCCAUUCGGGGAUGAACAGCAACGUGGACUUGACGAUUCUGGAAGACGAAGAGGAGGAGUCCGUGGCCCUGGAACAGGCGCAGAAGGCGCGCUACGAGGGUGGCUACAUGCGAAUCUCCGAGGACCCCGAGCGCUCAGAGCAGGAGCCCGUGCAGCCUGCUGUGCUGCAGGUGGACCAGACCGCCUGAAGGCCCAGCCCCUGGUGCCCAGCCCCGGCUCGUGGUCACGGGGGCGGCCAGAGCCUAGACCCACGCUCCUCCACACUUCCGGCGCAGCUCGCUCACCACCGUGUUACCCUGCAGGCGGCAGUUCAUCACAAAGUAGCCACAUGCACGAGAUCCGGACAUCCCCUGAAAGCAGUCUGCCCCGGGCUCCCCUUCUCAUUCGCUCGUAGGUUCUCCUUCUGUAGAGUCUCUCCAAGAUUCCUGGAAGCAAUGAAGCACUUGGAAAACACUGACCCCAUUUGGCUUUGUCAGAAAAACGAGAGGCUAGUUAAGAUACCAGUCGUGAAAGUGAUUCAUAGUUUGGUCACUCAAUCAGCAUGCUGAAUAGUAUACCAGUAAUGUGUUGAACAUCUACCGUGCUCUGUGAAUCCAGUUUUUAUUCUUUAAGUAUGUGAUAUAUAAUAUACAUAAAUAUGUACACUAAAGGCAUAACUGUAUGGUUUAAGAAGAAAGCAUGUUCGAAACAUAGAUGAGAAUGUUGAGUUGGUUAUUCACUUAAUAGCACCAUUUCAGCUAAGGGUGUAAGGUAUGUAGGUAAAGUCAAGGCAGUUAGAGAAUGAGCAAUGGCAAAUUGGGAAAUAAGAGAAACAGGGAACACGGAAUGCCAGGGAGAAUGAAGACAAAGUAACAAGUUAUUCCCUUAAAAGAAUGCUAGUUUUACUAUUUCACUCCUUAAAUAAUAAUAUAAAAGAUAGUUCAUAUGUCCUGGAAUAGUAUGUUAUACCUUCACAAUAACCUUUUUCUUAUAAUAUUUUCAAAUAAAAUAACAAACAUUUUACAGUGUUAAAGCUGAUAAAAGACAUUACACAUAUUUUAAAUAAAAGGCAUUACAAAUAUUUUGUAAGUAAAUUUAAAAGGAUAUCAUCUCUUUAACACAAGAAUGAAUAUAAAUUUUCAAAAACUAAUUCUUAUAUGCUGCUUUUUUUAGGAAGUUGGAUCACGCUUUUCUUUAAUGGAAUGUUUUCCAUUUUGAAAUAACAGUAACCCCUUAAACCCCAAAUGAUGUGAUGUAGGUUUUUAAGGUGUUAACAUCUAUAAGUUUGGGAAGGGAAGGUAGGGAUGCUAUUUUUCUUUUUUGUACAUAAUGAUAAUUUCAUUCCAUGUCAUAUUUUAUUUGUAUAUUAUUUUCACACAACACUAAUGUGUUUUUAAACUUCUUAAAGCAUGCUAGUGUUUUACAUAUAAAUGCACAUUUAUUCAGAGUAAUUUUACUGCUGCCUAACAUUAUACUAAAAAAAGUCUAUAUUUUCAGUUGCAAAAUGCUAAUGUUUUACUAAAUUUUAGUUUAGGACAGUUGACCCAGGGAGCCAGUUCCCUACCGUUAGUGUGUACAACAGUAAGUAAUCUUACAAAUGAAGGUAAUCCUAGACAAUAUUAGCAAAUUUUUUUUUAAUAAAAGGGAUAGGAUUAACAAGUGUGUUAAUGGCAUAACUUAUUUAGCCAUGUCCUUAUUCUUGCAAUAAUGUAUCCCAAAAUAUUGGCUUGUUGCACUAACAAUGGAUGUACUCAAGAUUAAAUAAAUAAAAAAACACAAAAAUAUAUAAUCUUGUCAGGUUUUUGGCAGAACAAUUUUAGAACAAGCCAAACGAAUUGAUUUUUAAACUCUCCUCCAAAUGUAGCAAUAAUGUUGAUUGUCUCGGUCUUGAUUUCCCCUAUUAACUGUGCUUUCUUCUUCUCCUGAUCUCAUUUAGAACUCCAAGUCUCAUUCUUCAAGUUUAACUUUCUUGACAUCACUUUGCCAGCUCUGGGGAGCAUCUGAAUUUGUUGUAGCAACUUGAUGAAUUUGAUAGUUCCAUCUGCAUGUUUAUUGCAUUGUACCAGACCUGAUAAUACCUUAAAGGGUCCUGCGAAUGGGAGCGCAUCGAGCUGUACAUUCAGUUUCUUCCUGCACAUAAACCUUCAUCUUCUGCAGCACCGUGAACUUGGUAGAAGACUUCAUUCAAUCAGGCCCAGAGCAUGCCUGUUCAGCCUCUGCAGAGCUGCUGUCACCUCUCACAGCUGAGGGGCUGGGAGACCCAGAGCUAACGUAAUGUCUACACUUCCUCUUCAAAAAUGCUCUUUUCAUUUGUUCCUAUAAACUCGUUGCAUGUCAGUGGAAAACUGUGCUCGGGCAUCUUUUGAAGUUUUACUGCCAAUCACACGUUCCUCAAGCAUUAAAAUCCUAAGCAACAAAACAGAAUAUUGAACAGAUAAUUGUUGAAAAACACAUACUGUAGGGAUUAGACAGAGUAGCAGUUGUGGAAAUGGAAACUAUUUAUUCUGUAUUAUUGUUGAAGUCUUUGCAUACUGGUGAGUCCUCAAAUUAGAUAUGUUUUCCUCCCACCCAUCCAGUGUCCCAUUGUUUAUGUGCCUGGGGCACGAGAACUGAAUUCGUUCUCCCCCAAAGAUCAGUUGUGCUUUAAUAAGGGCUGAGAUCCACAUCUUAAAAAUAGAAUUCAGAAGUGAGAAGCAGCUUUUACACAGAGCACAAAUCUCAUAGAAAUAUGGCAAAAUUGUCAUUUCUCUAUAAGAU